AAUAACACAAAUAACCUCAAUUUAAUUUUGUAGUUUUAUAUAUGCUGACAGCUGUAGAAGUUACUUAGAAAAAGGCAAAUGCUUGUGAUUGUUGAAGUGAUAUAUUUACAUCUCACUGUAUUUUCUUAUGGAAUUGUUAUUUUAAAAUAGACUUUUUUGUUUAACCGUUAUAAGUAUUUAAUUUAAAAAAUGAGUUCAGCCAGCAAGGUUGGAGAAAUAUUUACAGCUGCCGGCCAAGCAUUUAACAAAUUGGGUGAUUUAACUAUGCAGUUGCAUCCUAAUGCAGAAUCUCCAACAGGAAAGUGGACUGAUGAAGAAAUUGAGAUGUUGCGCCAAGUAGUGAAGCAAUUUUCAGAUGGCUUAAAUCAAAUUAGUGAUCAUAUAAAAAGGCGGACAGUAUCACAAAUUAGGACUGCUUUGAAGAAGAAGGCUUUUGAGGAUGCCGGAUUACCAGUGAGGCAGGUGAAUCAGACAUUAUCAUCGGUUCAGUUACAACAGAAUGUGAAUGUACAACAACCAAUGAUAAAAUCCGAAGUUACGCUGAAUAUGUUGAAUGCAGCAGAGUCUGAAGUUGAUGUCGAAGGUCUCAAUGAAGAUGUUAAAUUAGAAUUUGAUGGUGGAAAUGAAGAAGUUUCAUCGAAAGACCCUAAUGUCAAACCAGGCGUUCAAGGAGUAUUUUAAGAUGUUAAAUAUAAAUAUUCUGACCUUUUAAUAAAAAAAUUAUUUUGAUUAUGUAGACAUAGGAAUUCAUGUCCACGUUUUAUAACAACCUUACUGUGUUAGCUUUUCUGUUGAUAAAGAUUAGUGAGACAGCAGCCUUUCAUAUUUAUAAGUGUGUAAUCAUGUUUUAGAUACAGGAGUAGAAAAGUAUUGUUCGGAAUCACAGAAGUCUUGUAAAUAUGCACCAUGGUGUAUAUAUAUAAGUUUUACAAACAAUGUAUGUUAUCAUUUUCUGUUUUAGACAAAUUUUUUGUAAUUUCCAUGUGUAAUAAAGACUUAUUUUCA